AUGAACACUUUGAACCCCCCUCCACCCCCCGUAGCGCAUACCCGAACAUCAGUAGCUUCAACAAUGUCGUUUGGGGACCAAGUAACAUUAUCUGAUUUUCCACAUAAUUUGACAUUUGUCAAUUUUGUCAAUCCCAUCUCCACGAUUUAUUCAGAUGAUAGAGGUAAUUAUUUUUCAGUUACACGUCUUUCUCAUGGUUCUCGUACACCUAUCACUCCGGAGAGUUAUGAAUCUUAUCCGGAACAAAUGAAUCAUCAGGGCAUGUCGGGGACGGAGUCAGAUUUUGGAGGAGGAGGAGUAAAUGAUGGAGAUUCAAGGAUGUUAGGAUAG